UACUUGUCUCUUACAUUGUUAGUUACAACGUGAAAGUGAAAUGUUUGUUGGUAGUUAUUGUCUCCGAUGAUAAGUUAGCUUCCACCAUAGCUUUCCAGAACAGAGCUACGAGCGCGCUUCUUCCUAGAGGCUUCCUAUUCCCCCGCGCAUUAAACAAUUCCAUUAUUUUCUUCACAUUUUUUCUGUUUUCCUUUCACUUUCUGCGCAGAGCUCACAAGAAAGAAAAGAUAAACUAAUUCAUAUAUAUAAAAGACAGAAAGACGAAUCUGAAGAAGACUGAACCAUCCAAAGUCUUGCUUGUAACCAUCUUCUCCGCCUCUCUUUUAUGCGGUCUGAAUAAAAAGUUCUGGGCUGUAUCUAAUCUGGGUGUUCAUUUUCUUGGCUUUUUUUGCUACACAAUUAUAGGUCAAUACACCUUUUUCCUCCAUUGUUGUUGCCCAUUCCUGUUCUUAUUCCAUUUGUCUGCCUUGCAGUUUUUGAAAGCCCAUGAUUUGUUUGUUAAAAUGCUCCAAAAAUAGGAGAUUGAUGAUUUACAUUACAUGGCUUUUAGGAUGAGCAAAAGGGGGUUGGAGAAAUUGGAAGCUUUUAGAGAGGAUAUUUGAGGUUGUUUCUUGCUGGUUAAGGAUUGAGAAUGGCAGAGAGGAAUGUGCAUUCAAUGGGGAUUUUUGGUAAAAAGUCAUUGCUUUGUCUGUUCAUCAUCACAUCCAUUUUGUUCAUGGGAUCUUGGUUUUUUGUGUUGCAUUCUGCUUACAGGCCUAAUCUUGUUGACCUUAGUUUUUCCCCCAACUCCAAACUUCUAGCUAUAGCAGAACAAACCCUAACAGAGAAUAUUGAGGAAGGAAUAGGAGCAGACAAGCAUAGUUGUAGUAAAACCCUCAAGGUGUUUAUGUAUGAUUUACCCCCACAGUUUCACUUUGGGCUAUUGGGUUGGAAGCCUGAGGGAAACAGUGUUUGGCCUGAUAUAAGAGCCAAGGUGCCAUCCUAUCCUGGAGGGUUGAAUGUGCAGCACAGUGUGGAGUACUGGCUCACACUGGAUCUUCUGGCUUCAGAACUUGCUGGUGAUCUGAGUGGUCGAAGCGCGGUGAGGGUGCGCAAUUCAAGCGAGGCAGAUGUGGUUUUCGUUCCUUUCUUUUCCUCGAUCUGCAUGAACCGGUUCUCCAGGCUGAAACGGCUCCAGAAGGUUGAUGCAAACGUGUUGCUUCAGGAAAAACUGGUGACUUUCUUGACGGCUCAAGAGGAAUGGAAGAGGUCAAUGGGGAAAGACCAUAUCAUUCUUGCCCACCAUCCUAAUAGCCUGUUGGAUGCCAGGAACAAACUGUGGCCUGCAAUGUUUAUUCUGUCGGAUUUCGGGAGGUACCCUCCCUCCAUAGCUAAUGUCGAGAAAGAUGUGAUUGCGCCUUACAAGCACAUUGUUGGGAGCUAUGUCAAUGACACUUCUGAGUUCGAUAGCCGCCCUAUUUUGCUGUUCUUUCAAGGAGCCAUAUAUAGAAAAGAUGGUGGAUUUGUUAGGCAAGAGUUAUUCUACAUGCUAAAAAACGAGAAAGAUGUGCACUUUGCAUUUGGGAACAUUCAAAAGGAAGGCAUAAAGCAGGCAACCCAAGGGAUGCACACCUCCAAAUUCUGCCUAAACAUUGCAGGUGACACUCCAUCAUCAAACCGCCUGUUUGAUGCCAUUGCCAGCCACUGUGUUCCAGUCAUCAUCAGUGACGAAAUAGAGCUUCCAUACGAAGAUGUUCUUGACUACUCAGACUUCUGUGUAUUUGUUCGCACCUCGGACGCCCUCAAGGAAAACUUCCUCUUAAACAUGAUCAGAGGCAUUGGGAAAGAAGAGUGGACUAGAAUGUGGAGUAGGAUAAAAGAGGUAGAACCCUUGUUCGAGUAUCGGUACCCUUCACGGGGGAAUGAUGCUGUCCAAAUGGUCUGGCAGGCUAUUGCUCGCAAGGUUCCUGCUGUUAAGUUGAAAAUACACAGGAACUGGAGAUAUUAUCGAACGCCUGUUUCAUUGGAUCAUUCUGCUUCUCCUCGUCUGCCAAGCAACUUUUGGUGAAGUCAAUAGGUUCUUUU